CUGGGACCCUGCUGGCACCAGCCUGAGGACUCUGCCUGCCUCAUUCCCCUGCUGUUGGUGCUCUUGCUGGUGCUGCCAGGAUGUGCGGCAGGUUCCUGAGGCAGCUGCUGGCUGAAGAGAGCCGGCAUGCCACCGCUGUGGGGCGCCUCCUGCUCCCCGUGCUCCUGGGAUCCCGCCUUGUGCUGCUGGCUGCCAGCGGGACCGGGAUCUACGGCGACGAUGAGCAGAGCGAAUUCCUGUGUCACACUCAGCAGGCAGGCUGUAAGGUCGCCUGCUACGAUGCCUCCCACCCCUUCUCCCCGCUGCGCUUCUGGGCCUUCCAGGUCAUCUUGGUGGCUGUGCCCAGUGCCCUUUACGUGGGUUUUACUCUGUAUCAUCUGAUCUGGCAUUGGGAAGAAUCAGGAAAGGCGAAGGAGGAGACGCUGAUCCACCAAGGGGAGAAGAGCAGAGAUGCCUCCAGGGCGGGAAGCCCCAGGCUGCUCUGGGCCUAUGUGGCACAGCUGGGGGUGCGGCUGGUCCUGGAGGGGGCAGCCUUGGGAGUGCAGUACCAUCUGUAUGGGUUCAAGGUGCCCAGCUCCUUUGCCUGCCGUCGGGAGCCUUGCCUGGGUAGUACAACCUGUUACCUGUCCCGCCCCUUUGAGAAGACCAUCUUCCUAAGGACCAUGUUUGGGGUUAGCGGGCUCUGUCUCUUGUUCACUCUUCUGGAGCUUGUGCUCCUGGGCCUGGGGAGAUGCUGGAGGACCUGGAAGCACCAGUCUCCUCCUUCUAACUACUGCCCAACUGCAGAGAGCACCAAAAAACACGAGGAACCGACUGAUAGCUUCCGGCCAGUGGAAGCCAAAGAGCCGUUCCGAGAAGCAGGUGAGAAGGCACUGAUGUCCCUCCUUCUUCCUGCCUCUGAGGUCUCUGUCCUCAUGAUCUCCCACGGCAGGUCCCUCUACCUCUGGGAGGCACCCCUCCCGCGUGUUACAAAACAGAAAACCAGGUUCUAG